AUGUCCGACCCACUGGGGAAGUCUAAUUACACGUCACUCACGCUAUGGGACAUCGACCGCGAGUUCCAGAACUCUUACGACGCUUACGAGCAAUGGCUGUCAAAGAACAGGCCUCGGCGUCGUAGAUGGGUAUGCUUUGGGUCACGAAAUCAAGACGACGAAUUGGGGAAAACACUGAGCUUGGGACGUCAAAUACGGGAACUCAUGGAAGAUGGUCAAGAUUGUUUUGGGAGGAAGUUUGAACGCGGAGACUCCAUAUGCCACUCAAUCCUCGAAUCUCAACUCCUGCGCAUGCAACAAGAAGUGACCGGCCCACUCCUCGAUGCCUCUCUCUCGCGAAUACCGGUCCCCAUCCCCCACGACGUCAUCCUCACCACCGUCAAGUCCAUCCGCCGAACCUGUCUCCAUGCUCUCCGCGACCAAUUCAUCCGCCUAUCAUCUCCUUCUUCCGUGCCAUUUCUCCCACCUCCACGUUUCUCAAUCAACUUCUGUCCCUUCGCAACCCAACUACAAAAGGACCGAAGCAACAGUUUCCAAUCGCGGAAAGUUCGACCUCAUGAUCGCUUCGAUGAACGAGAAAUAUGCCCGUAUUGCCUGGCACACAUAUCCGUCUCCUCGCACUCUGGACUCCCCAACUACCGACAACUGCUUUUCCAAUACCACCUCCCGUGCUCCGUACCCGAAGACUCGAAGCACAUCACAAGUUCAAAAAAAUCAACAUUCGCGUGUACAAGCUGCUAUAAGACGUUCGAUAAUGCAUACGGCUUCCUAGACCACAUGUACCAGAAGGAGAUUGGGAGUGAUAGAAGCUGUCAGAAGAAGUGGAGUAGCAAUUUGGAUUUGAGAGGGGUGUUUGUUGAGAGUAAUCCGGAUUUGGUGGAGAAAUGUUUGAAAAAUUGUUUGAAGAGGGAGUUGACACGAAUUCGGACGUUGAAGAAGUCAGGGCCUGGGCUUCCUAAUAAAGACCAAGUGGUUAGGGGAUGA